CAAGCUCCCUUCAUCAAUCUCACGCCUCCCUUUCAUCAAUCUCUAUUUUCUUACGCAUUCUCCCGAGAAACCUCACAUUCUCUUCCUCCUCCUCAAAACCCGGAUCUCUGCAUGAUAAGGGAAUAAAACUCGUUCUUGAUUUCCCUUUUUUUCUUUCCUUUAAUUUUCAAGUUUUCACCUGAAACAUUCACCGUGGAGAUUCUGGCAUCGGGUCGGGGCGCAAGAGGUGGGUUUCACGGCGGAGACAGAUCCAUCUUCCCCCUUCUUCUGAGGGGAUAGCCGAGGCUCCGGCCUCGGCGGUUUUCAAGCCCCUACCUUUACAAAUUCCCAGAUUCAAUAGUUUUUUUUGUUCUCCGUCGUGAUGCCUGCUCUAGCUUGCGUCGAUACCACCGCCUUCCCCCCUCCGCCGCCGUCCCUUCUUUCCGACGCCUCUUGCCGUUGGAACUCCUCCCUCUCCGCCGCUCUUUACCGCAUCGACGGAUGGGGAGCUCCCUACUUCACCGCCAACACCUCCGGCAACAUCUCCAUCCGUCCUCACGGAUCCAACACUUUGCCUCACCAAGACAUCGAUCUCUUGAAAGUUGUUAAGAAGGUAACGGAUCCUAAGCCGUUAGGCGGUUUGGGAUUGCAGCUCCCGGUUAUCGUCCGGUUCCCCGACGUUUUAAAAAACCGGCUCGAGUGUCUCCAGUCCGCGUUCGAUUUCGCGGUUCAGAGCCAGGGGUACGGUUCUCAUUACCAGGGCGUGUAUCCGGUUAAGUGCAACCAAGACCGGUUCGUGGUGGAGGAUAUUGUGAAAUUCGGAUCUGGUUUCCGGUUCGGUUUGGAAGCUGGGUCUAAACCGGAGAUUCUCCUCGCUAUGAGCUGUUUGGUUAAAGGUAACCGCGAGGCUUUUCUUGUGUGUAACGGUUUUAAAGACGUUGAGUAUAUAUCUUUGGCUCUGCUCGGGAGGAAGCUUGCGUUGAACACUGUGAUUGUGCUUGAGCAAGAGGAAGAGCUUGAUUUGGUUAUUGAUCUGAGUCGGAAGAUGAACGUGAGGCCUGUGAUUGGGUUACGAGCUAAGCUGAGGACCAAACACUCUGGUCAUUUCGGAUCAACGUCUGGUGAGAAGGGCAAGUUUGGUUUGACUAGUACUCAGAUUGUUCGUGUUGUGAGGAAGCUUAGGGAAAGUUGUAUGCUUGAUUGUCUCCAGCUUCUGCAUUUCCACAUUGGGUCGCAGAUUCCAUCGACGGGUUUGCUCUCUGACGGUGUUGGGGAAGCUGCUCAGCUUUACUGCGAGCUCGUGCGUCUCGGUGCGGGUAUGAAGGUUAUUGAUGUUGGUGGCGGUUUGGGGAUUGAUUACGACGGGUCUAAGUCUGGAGACUCUGAUCUCUCUGUUGGUUAUACUCUCGAGGAGUAUGCUGAAGCUGUUGUGGCUUCUGUUCGGUCUGUAUGCGACCGGAGAUCCGUGAAGCAUCCUGUGAUAUGCAGCGAGAGCGGAAGAGCGAUCGUCUCUCAUCACUCCGUGUUGAUCUUCGAGGCUGUUUCCGCGGCUAAACCAAUGGCUCAGGAGGCUCAUCAGGUGAACCACGAUGAUAUUCAGUUUCUGCUUGAAUGUGACGAGGCGAGAGUUGAUUACGAGGAUCUAUACGCUGCUGUGAUGCGUGGGGACCAAGAAAGCUGCCUCCUUUACGUGGACAAGCUGAAGCAGAGAUGUGUUGACGGUUUCAAGGAAGGUGUUUUGAGCAUCGAGCAGUUGGCUUCUGUUGAUGGGUUAUGCGAGUGGGUGUUGAAGGCUAUAGGCGCGUCUGAUCCGGUUCAGACUUACAAUAUCAACCUUUCGGUUUUCACUUCGAUUCCUGACCUCUGGGGGAUUGAUCAGCUGUUUCCUAUAGUUCCUAUCCAUAAGCUCGACCAAAGGCCAGGGACUCGCGGGGUCUUGUCGGAUUUGACGUGUGACAGCGAUGGGAAGAUUGAUAAGUUCAUAGGCGGAGAGUCCAGCUUGCCGUUGCAUGAGCUAGACGGUGGAGGAGGAAGGUACUUUUUGGGUAUGUUCCUUGGAGGGGCGUAUGAGGAGGCGCUAGGUGGAGUUCACAAUUUGUUUGGCGGGCCAAGCGUUGUCAGGGUGUCUCAGAGCGAUGGACCGCAUAGCUUUGCAGUGACCCGAGCCAUGCCUGGUCAGUCAUCUGCGGAUGUUCUCCGAGCGGUGCAGCAUGAGCCUGAGAUAAUGUUUCAGAGUCUAAAGCACAGAGCAGAGAAGCUGAUGCAUACCAAAGGUGGUGGCGAAGAUGAAGAUGAUGAGGAAUUGAACAACGUUGUGGCUUGUCUUGAUCGUUCCUUCAACAACAUGCCGUAUCUCGCGACUGAGCCGGCAUCUAUGAGUAACUCUCUUUCAGCUGCGAUUAGUAACCUUGGCUUUUAUUACAGCGACGAAGACGGCUUCGACUACCUUUCCGCGUGACAAAGGUUUUAAUUUGAGGAUCGGAAUGAUAAAAUCACUCUUGUGAAAUUCGGAUCUUUGUAUGUUAUUUCAUUUUUUUAUAAAAAUAAAAGACCAUUAUAAGAACUUUUU